GCGCAAAGUACGGCGUACACCUAUGCAAGCUCACCGGUGCUGCAGCAGCCUAAGGUGGUCUAUCAGGCACCGGUGACUUUGAGGGCCGGCCAGCCCUUUGCCAGACAGGUUGUUCCGGCAGCGAAUCUUCGACCCGUGGGGGCGCCGCAGACGGUGCAAGCUCCCGUUCGCACAGUGGUGGUCAGCGGGGCCCCGGUCACAGCCGGUGCUCGGCAGAAUUUGAUGGGCACGCUACCAGCAGGGGCCCGAAUCCGACCAGCGGAAGGCAUCAGCGCCCAGCCUCGAGUCGUGGCUUCGAGGCCAAACACCAUCGGAGGCCCGGCCUACUCCCAGGGCGCCUACGAGGUGAAGCACGAAAAGGAUACGCAGCUGCAAAAUCUGAAGGAGCUGCGGAAGACCAGUGGGCUCAAGCAAAUUCCAGUGGACGAAGGCUUGCAGGCCUUCAAGAGAGCCGCUGUGGAAAGCCGUCUCACACGUGAGCAGUUCAUCCAGGCCUACUCGGCAUUGCUCCAGGCCAAGGGCAUCGAGGUUCCGGCCAAUGAAGUGAAAAAUGCUGUUUUUGAUUUGUUUGACCGCGAUGACAACAACAUUGUCGACAUGAUGGAAUUGAUCUGUGGUAUUUCCUUGCUCUGUCACGGAUCAGAGGAUGACAAGAUCCAUGCGGUCUUUGGCAUCUUCGAUGAGAAUGGCGAUGGCUACAUCUCUUUGGAUGAGAUGUACAAGUUUCUCACGUCUGUUUUCAAGGUGGUGCUAACGCCGGUGGUCGUUGGUGCCAUGAACAGCAUGGGAGUAACUGUUGAGUCAGCUGAGGACCUCGCUUCGGUGACGUCGCUGGAAUGCUUUAAGACUGCUGACCUCAACCAAGACGGUAGGCUCUCAGUCAAUGAGUUCAAGACCUGGUUCUAUGCUCCCAGGAAUGACCCCACGUUUUUGUUCUCGCCCGUCCGCAAGCUGCUCCAGUGA